AUGUCCACAAGAGAUACAACACUGAGGUACAGAACAAGUAGCAACUCUGCCCUAACACCCAGUAAGACAAACUCUAGCGAGAACACCUUCCUUAGAAGAAUGAUGAAUGCCAAUACUAGAUCAACGCUGGAGGUUCUUCCUUCACCAUCAACCUCUAAUAGCUCGGUGAUUAAUGUCAAUGUAUCACAGAGCAUUGGAAAUCAAGAGGGAGAAGGAAAGAAUCAACAUACGAUACAUGAAAAUCUUACUGGUAAGAUUGUUGGCUUUUCAUUUCUCGGAUUGGUGCUUAUCGUUGGAUCGCUGGUGCUGUGUUUAAUGAUUGUUGCUAUUAGCUUGUACUUGUACAUUAGGAAGAGAAAAGAGAUUGAACGAAGGAAAGUAAUAUUGAGAGAGGAAGACUUUGAGAAUGAAAUGAUGAAUGACUUUGCGCACAUGUUACAAUUAGAUGAGUAA